AUGUCUAAACCCGGAGAUGUUUGUACUCCUUGCUUUGCAAGUCAUAAAACAAAACCUGCUGUACACUGGUGCCUAUCAUGUGAGGAAUCACUGUGUAGCAAAUGUGGUAGUCAUCAUAAAAUUCAAACAUCAACAAAAUCUCAUCAGCUAAAUUCACUCAGCGAUAUUUUAAUGUUGCCUUCAGUUGCUAUGACGAUUCGUCUCACGUGUAAACAGCAUGAUACGAAACUUGAUGUAUUUUGUUCAGAUCAUAGCGAGCCCUGCUGUUGGAAAUGUCUUGCAGAAGAUCAUCCAAAAUGUCAACAAAAAGGUCCACUAGAUAAGGUUAUUAAAAAUGCCAAAACUUCUGAAUCUUUUAACACACUCGUAAAAAGCACGCAGGACAUUAUUGAAAUAACUGACAAUCUAAGAAAGAAAAAGAAGGAAAACUAUAAAAUGAUCGCAAUGCAAAAGAAUGAAAUGGAAACACAAAUAAAAGUUUUUAAAAAAGAUGUAAUAAAAUAUAUGGAAUCGUUUGAAAAAACUCUUCUGGAAAAUGUAACACAGACAUUCAGUGUCUGUCAGGUAGAAAUGCAAGGAACACACGACAAACUGAAUGCUUUCUAUAAACAAUGUGUUGAUAUUGAUAAAAAUCUCACAAAUAUGAAACAAUUUGCUUCUGAUUUGCAAACUUUCCUCGGAGCCAGGUCUCUUCGUAGCAGAGUCGCGACUAUCGAAACUGGAAUUUUAGGAUUACGAAAACAACUUGGAGAUUACAAACUCGAAUUUGAAAGUCCUUUUAACAUCCACUAUUUCCAAUCAAUUAUGGCGUCGUUAGAAGACAUCAAGAUAGUACACUGGAAAAGAGAUGACAUCGUUAAUUGUGAAAUGGAUGGGACAAUCUGCUGGAUAUUUGAACGACAAGAUCUGAAGUGUCCGAAUGGCUUAACUGUUGAUCAUGAUGGUAGUGUACUUGUUGUUGGAACAUCAUCGGGAAAUAUUCUUAAAAUUUCAUUCGAUGGAUCAUCAGCGAAGGAAAUUCUAAGAACCGAGAACUUUUUCAAAUCACCAACAGACAGUGUUGAGAAAAUUACUAAACGCAUUUUAUCAGUGACAAUAUCACAAAUGGUCAAUGCAGUUGCAGCAGUAGUGGCACCACAGCCACCGCCACCACCAGAUCCACUAAAUCCAAAUUUUUAA